AUGCACUCGCUCGCUCCUGUGGCGCAGGCGCCCCUCCAGGUGGGCGGGCGCCCCCAGCAGGCCCGCGCGUCCGCGCCCCUCGCGGCCGCUCCGCGCGCCUCGGCCGCGAAAUGCGCCCGUUCCGCCCAGAAGCCGGCGGGCGCGACCAUCGCCGCCCCCUCGGCCGCGCGCUCCGCGUCCCGGCGCCCCCGCUCCGUCCGCGCCCACUCUGGCGACGUCCCGCUCCGCGACAUCAAGAAGGUCCUCAUCGCCAACCGGGGUGAAAUCGCGGUGCGCGUGAUCAGGGCGUGCCAGGAGCUCGGCCUGAAGACCGUCGCGGUGUACUCGACGGUCGACAAGGACUGCCUGCACACGCAGCUCGCGGACGAGGCGGUGUGCAUCGGCGAGGCGGCCUCCUCGGAGUCCUACCUCUCGAUGCCGACGGUCAUCGCCGCGGCGGUGUCGUGCGGCGCGGACGCGAUCCACCCGGGCUACGGCUUCCUCUCGGAGAACGCGACCUUCGUGGAGAUGGUCCGCGAGCACGGUCUGGAGUUCAUCGGGCCGACGCCGGAGCAGAUUCGGAAGAUGGGCGACAAGUCGACGGCGCGCGAGACGAUGAUCGCGGCCAACGUGCCCGUCGUGCCGGGGUCGGACGGGCUCGUGAAGGGCGAGAAGCAGGCGCUCGAGACGGUCGCGCAGAUCGGGUUCCCGGUGAUGAUCAAGGCCACGGCGGGCGGCGGCGGGCGCGGGAUGCGCAUGUGCAUGGAGGAGAAGGACUUCUUGCCGCUGCUGAACCAGGCGAGCCAGGAGGCGCUCGCGGCGUUCGGGAACGGCGACGUGUACAUCGAGCGGCUCGUGAUCAACCCGCGGCACAUUGAGUUCCAAGUCAUGGCGGACAAGCACGGCAACGUGGUGCACCUGGGCGAGCGCGACUGCUCGAUCCAGCGCCGGAACCAGAAGCUCGUGGAGGAGGGCCCGUCGCCCGUGCUGGACGAGGCGACGCGCGAGGCGAUGGGCCGAGCCGCAGUGCAGGCGGCGCAGUCGAUCGGGUACGUGGGGGCCGGCACGAUCGAGUUCCUGUGGGAGGAGAAGGGGUUCUACUUCAUGGAGAUGAACACGCGCAUCCAAGUGGAGCACCCCGUGACGGAGAUGAUCACCGGCGUGGACCUCGUCCAGGAACAGAUCAAGGUCGCGAUGGGCCACAAGCUGUCCUUCACGCAGGAGGACAUCAAGAUCAACGGCCACAGCAUCGAGUGCCGCAUCAACGCCGAGGACGCGUUCAACAACUUCCGUCCGGGCCCCGGCAAGAUCCACACGACGCUGUCCCCGGGCGGCCCGCACGUGCGCUGGGACAGCCACAUUUACCCCAACUACGUCGUGCCGCCGAACUACGACUCCCUGCUCGGCAAGCUCAUCGUGUGGGGCAAGGACCGGCGCGAGGCCAUCACGCGCAUGCACCGCGCCCUGAGCGAGCUCACCGUCGCGGGCGUGCCGACCACCGUGCCCUACCACAUGAACAUCAUGAUGCACCCGGAGUUCGUCAAGGGCAACUGCACGACGUCGUUCAUCCCCACGUACUUCGACGACCUCGCGAUCCCGCCCAAGGAGAAGCCACACAACGUGGUGCUGGACAAGAUCAAGAAGAGGUGA